AUGCCUAGCUACUCGAGUCCUUCUCCUUCACCGCCUCCAACCGCUCGACGGCGCCGGCUACGAUCGUGCGCGGACAAAUGUGAGAGGGGAUGCUGGACGUUGGCUACCUUCUUCCCGCUCGCUUUUGUGUACAGUCUCUCGACAUGGGCGGUUUGGGUAGUUUCGUCCAUAGGGUUUGGCUCACAUCGAUCUAAGUACGUGUGGUGGGCAGUACAAUUCAUCUCCUUUCUCGGCAUAUUACUGUACUCCCUGGCGAACCUCUCGUACACGGUCGCAGUCUUCACCGAUCCAGGGUCACCUUUAAAUCCUCCACGGGGAUCGUCAAAGCGGAAGGGGGCAUAUUCCGUCCUCCCCACCAACGAGCGACCAGCGGACACCGAAGGGAUCCAAACUAUUACCGUCUCUUCGACGGGGGCGGCGCGGUAUUGCAAGAAAUGCCACGUACCCAAGCCAGACAGGACGCACCACUGCUCGACAUGCAAACGGUGCGUCCUGAAGAUGGACCAUCACUGUCCCUGGCUGUCCACAUGUCUGGGCCUACACAAUUACAAAGCAUUCGUUUUGUUCCUAAUAUACAUUUCUCUCUUCAGUUGGGCAUGUUUCGCCAACUCGGCAUGGUGGAUGUGGAAGGAAUUGUUCGAGGACAGCGGAUACCUUGAAGAGAUUGCGCCGGUGAACAUAAUCCUCCUCGCGGUGGUGUCGGGCAUAAUAGGCCUGGUGAUAACUGGUUUCACAAUGUGGCACAUAUACCUGUGCACAAAGGGGCAGACGACGAUCGAGAAACUUGAGAAGACGAGGUAUCUAAGCGGGGUCCGGAGCCGUGUCGAGCGGAACAGACAAGAACAUCAACUGAACCCACAUAGGCGCGGUGGUUCAGAAGGGGUUGCCGAACGAUUGCAGCGAGCAGGAGAGCAGAUCCUCGAGUUUCAUGCAAAUGCUGUGCCGGGGGCGUCGCGGUACGAAGAGGGCGAAGAGCAUACAUCGCCCGUGCCGAGUCUUUACUACAACCAGACUUCGCAUCACCCAAAUUCCGACAGCUACCACCACCACCCUCGACAUCCGUAUUCGAAUAAUUCUGCGUACCGGGAUGCUUUGGGCCAGCAGCAUGCCGUCGCCGAUAACGCGAACGACACUCCUGCCCUGCGCGCCUUGCGCAGGACGUAUAGUAACAUCGAAGCCGAGCGCGAACGAGAACGGUACGAUGAGUAUAUGGACGACUUUGAAGCCGAAGGGAUGCCAAACGCAUUCGACCUCGGGUGGCGACGGAACUUGACGCACCUCUUCGGCCCCAGCCCUUUGUUAUGGUGGUUGCCCGUGUGCAACACCACUGGCGACGGGUGGCGGUGGGAAGUCAGUGAGAAGUGGCAACUCGCGCAGGAGGAGGCGGCGCGACGGAAAGAACGGAGGAUUGAGGAAAUGAUGAGCAGCGACCAAAGAGCUGGAGGUGCCACAGGCGCGGUAGGAUUGCGCGGCGGUGGCGGCUUUGCCGGGUACGAGCGUGACCGCGAGAGAGAUGAGAACAACAACAACAACGGAUAUGGAUACCACGAAGGACACGGCCACGGCUACGGUGGAAGCAUGCAGAGCGCCAUGAGCAUGAAAGCCUUACCUCACCAGCAUCAACGUCAGCACCGAGGGAGACAGAGGACCGACGUGGACCGCGGGGAGAAUGGACAAAUUGAGAGGUUUCAAGUUAGCAGCAGUAGUGACGGCGAAGGCGAGGAUGACUACAAUGAUGACGAUGAUGGCGAUUCGAACUCUGAUUCGGAUUCGGAUUCGGAUUCGGAUGUUGAUGUUGGAUACAAUGACGACCACGUUGGCAACAUGCGAGCCCAGCGCCGGCCGGGACGGUCGAGGAAGAGAUAUGGAUACCGGUAG